CUUCGUUGUUUGUUGGCAGCCCUGGGCGCAGAGAGCGUGGCGGCACUGAGCCCGCUGCCGCAGCGCGUGAAGCGGUUCAGUGGGCUGUACACAGGGCCCUAUUUCGACCCCACCACGUCCACCAACAUCACCACGCAGCUAGGCACUCACGCCUACCUGCCUUGCAAAGUCAAGCAGCUUGGUAACAAAUCGGUGUCGUGGAUCCGGCGGCGCGACGCGCACAUCCUCACCGUGGACCGGUACACGUUCAUCGCCGACGAGCGCUUCCAGGCGUUCCUGGUGGAGGCCACGGACACGUGGACGCUGCAGAUCAAGUACGUGCAGGCGCGCGACGCAGGCCAGUACGAGUGCCAGGUCAGCACGGAGCCCAAGAUGAGCCACUUCAUCACCCUCAACGUCGUCGGGAUGGUGAAGAAGAAGAAGAAGAAUGAAAGACACGGAGCUAAUGAAAUCAAUGCAGUAAGUGAAAGGAACAGAGAGAGUGGAAGAUCUGAAGAGCGAGAUGGAAUCGGAAUGGGAGAUGAGGAACAGGAGAGAACGGUGGAAAGUGGAAGGGGGAGUGAAAGAUAUGGAGAUAUUCCCAAGAUCGAGAUCCUGGGCGAGUCGGACAUCUACGUGAAGACGGGCAGCACGGUGAACCUCAAGUGCGUGAUCACGCAGUCCCUGGAGGAGCCGGCGUACAUCUUCUGGUACCACGACAGCGAACGCGUGCUCAACUACGACCGCACGGCCAAGGACAUCCGCAUGGAGCGCGUGGGCCCCGACACCACGGUGGGCACGCUCGUCAUCUACAACGGCCAGCGGGAGGACUCGGGCAACUACACGUGCUCGCCCUCCAACCUCGACUCCGCCUCCGUGCUGCUGCACGUGCUCAACGAGUGGGACGCGGCGUCGUACGGCCAUGACCGCGCCGCCCCUGUGUCCGCAGGCGAGCACCCGGCCGCCAUGCAACGCGGCAAGAACGCCGCGUCGCCCAUCCCGGGCCGAUGGUGGAGCCACCUGUCGGCCGGCCUGGGGCUGGGCGCCUGCCUGCGGCCGCCACCGCGCGCCGCUCGCCUGCUGGCCCUCCGCGGCUGGGCCAGCAACCUCCUCGCCUGGACCGACACGUAA